AUGAACGGGAAUGCCUAAUUUAUAAUAGAUUUAAUGGUUAACAUGAAAAUUUAUACUAUAACAUCAUUAGGAAUACAUUUAGUUAAUUAUUUUUUUAUAGGAAAAAGUUAUUUAAAUUAUGAUAGAUUUGUAAAAAAAUAAAAUUUUAUUAAAUUAAUUAUUAAAAAGAUUUAUUGUGCAGCUGCACUUAUGUUGGCAUUUAAAAUAAGAGAAUAUGAUCAUUGUAGAAUGAGACCAAUAAUAAUAAACUAUCAUAAAAUAGUUCCAAAAAAAAAUAAUGAAACAACUUCUAUAAUAGAUGAUCCAACAUUAUAGUAAAUAAAGAAUAAAAUUUGUAUUGCUGAAAGUAAAAUCCUAAAAGCUAUUUAAUUUGAUUUCGAUAUUGCAAUGCCUUUUGAUUAAUUAAACUAAGUUAUUUCUACAUUUUGUUCCAGAAAAGAAAAAGAGGAACAUAUUUUUUGUGCAACAAAAAUUAUUACAUUUGAUAGUUAUAGAAGUUAUGCUCCUUUAAUUUUUAAACCAUAAACAAUUAUAGUAUCUGCUUUUAUUAUAAGCUGUUCAUAAUAUAAUAUAGAUCCAUAUUUAGAAUUAUCAUCUAAAUUAAAAGAUAAAUAUAAUCCAAUGGUACUUAAAGAAGAAGAAGCAUACGAAAGAUGGCUUUAAGAAGUUUCUUUAGAAUUAUAAGUAUAAAUAAAUGCUGAAGAAAUAAAAGAUUGCUUAUAUGUUUUAAAUGAAUUACUUUAUUUACAUUAUGUUCCAAAAGAAGAAAUAUAAAAAAAAUAAGAAAAUAACGAUAUUAAUAAUAUUAAUAAUUAAGUAGAUCUGUAAAAAAUGGAAGUAGAAAA